CCCCUGGAUAAGACGGUCGCUCUUGCUGUCUAGAGUUGUGGGGAACGUGGUUGCCUCGAGCUUUCCUCAGGAAGCCUGGACAGAAACCUGGCCCGCGAUUGCCUCAACCGAUCGACACCCAAGUAGAAUGGAAGUUGGCAGCUUUGCAAGCAGAAGACCUGCGGCUGGCGGACUCCCACACUUCCAGCUACCACCGCCGAAUCCGGUGGACAUCAAUAUUCCCAGAGUAACCGGUAGCGAGGGUCUCAGUCCGCUGUCGUCGAGCGUGAAUAGUGGCAGCUCACAAAGCUCUCAGGCCGGUGGCAUCCCACCUUAUAACCCGCCUCCAGGCAAUUGGCAACUGCCCGGACCCUCCUCGUAUACAUACAGCUCACCGGCCAUGAAUCAAGGACAGACGGGGCUGAUACAGCCCCAAUACGGUCGCAACAUCUACUCACCACCCACGAAUCCCUACCAUCGAAGCUCACAGUCGCCAGCAACGGGCAACGAGAACCUCGCACCUCCGUUCGACAAUGUGCCUACGCCUUUCCCGAUGCCUGGAGGAGGAUCUGGUCAUUCCUCCCUCCCCCCCAAUUCUUCGCAUCAGUCUAUGCAUCACAGCACCAUUCUCAGCUCUCAGGCUUCGGGUUCCCAGCCACAGACGGCUUCUACCACUGCACCAGCGGACAGUUAUUCACGGUCUAUGGGCAACCCUGGAGGAUUCUACGCAUCCUCGUCAUCUGCGUCUCAACAGCCCUCCUACUCAUCCUAUGCACCAGCACAACCCUCGCCAACGCAACCCUCACCGACGACAACAGCUGGCCUAUCGCGAGGGAUUCCCGCAAUGAAUACCCACCUGUCUCCCAUGCAAGCACCGCAGCAGUACUCUGCGCCACGGCCAUAUCAUUAUUCGUCCAUGCCUCAGACGAUGCCCGUCAUGUCCAAUCUGCAAAAUCCAAACAGUCAGAUGACGAUGAUGGGUAGCAUGGGUGGUUUGCCACCUCACGCCUACCAAGGUCAUCAUUUGGGGUCACAUUUGUACACAACUGGUCAACCUUCUCAACAGGAUCGACCAUUCAAGUGCGACCAGUGCCCGCAAUCCUUCAACCGGAAUCACGAUCUGAAGCGUCACAAGAGAAUUCACUUGGCCGUGAAACCCUUCCCGUGCGAGCAUUGCGACAAGAGCUUUUCUCGAAAGGACGCGCUCAAGAGACAUCGGUUGGUCAAGGGAUGUGGCCAAGGCAAGAGCUCUCCCACUAGCGGAAACGAUACCUCCCCGCGAGAUGAUAUAAAGCAAGAUCCGGAUGGAAGGACAAAUAGUAUUGGGAAGGAUGCUUAGACAGCAAUACGUUCAUCUUUCCUCCCUUUAGGGAUCACUACGAAUGGGAUGGAGAGACGAAGGCAGCUGAGACAAGCUAGGCCCUUCUAUAAUUACGGUCAGCAAAGGCGGUCGAUGCCGAUAUGACGAUAUUUUCCCGUGAUUUACCAUCGACCGAACCUGCUGUGUAUAUAUCACAUCCUUAUGGAGACGAAGAGUGUUACAAUCGAUUGAGAUGGACAGCGGCUCGGGAAACACGGCUGCAGGAUAGGAGUCAGGUUACGGAACUCAAUUUUGGCUCAGAAGGAUACCUAAAAUUGUGGCGGCUA